GGGCGGGGCCUGGCCUGCGGGGCGGCUCCCCGGGGCGCGCAAGCCUGGAAACCCAGCAGCUAGAGUGCUCAGAACCUGCAGGAGCGUCGCUGCUGCCUCCCACGGUCCCUUCAGUCAUGCCGAAGCACGAGUUCUCUGUAGACAUGACGUGUGAAGGCUGCUCGAAUGCAGUCACUCGGGUCCUCAACAAGCUAGGAGACAUUCAGUUUGAGAUCGACCUGCCCAACAAGAAGGUGUGCAUCGACUCCGAGCACAGCGUGGACGCUCUGCUGGAGACCCUGAAGAAAACAGGGAAGACCGUCACCUACGUCGGCCCCAAAUAGCGACGGCCUGGACCCCUGGCCCUCGGGGUGGACCAAAAGCGGGCAGGACUGAGCCAGGCAUGGCUUCCUUCAGCGCAUGGAACAGGCACUAAGACAGUAUUUGAUGGGCAUGCAACAACUGCCAUUUGGGGGACAUUUGUCUGUCGUGCCGCCCUCGCAUUAAUCCCAUCCCAUCCUGUUCGGUCCCUGUGGGCUGACAGUGGACUAGCCGAGCGAUGUGAAGCCACGCUCCACUGUCAGCAGGCCUGUAUCCAAACUCUGCUUCUGUCACUUGACAGCGAUGUGACCUUGGACAAGUCACUGAUUCUCUUGUGCAGCUCAGUUGCCUCAUCUGUACAAUGGGGAUCAUGAUCCUACCUGCCCCAGGUGACUGCUGCGACUUAAAUAAGAUCCAUUUCAUGCCUAAUGCUUGACGGUGGCAUAACACAAAUACAGCUUUUGAAAAACUC